CGCCACCGCCAUCAUCGAUGUCCCAAUUCAGGCAGAAUCAGGGUUAUCGGGUGAAAGAAGGAUCGUCAUUUUCAUAUCAGUACGUUCCUCUUCCUCCCCUGCCGAGAAAUCCAUAUUCAUCGCCGCCUCCGCCUCCGCCGGAUUCUUUGUAUCCACAUCCGCCUCCUCCUCCACCUUCUCCGACACCGUGCCCACCUCCACCCUCUCCCCCUUCGUCUUUUCCCCCACCGUUCUCUCUGCUGAGAAAUCGGUAUCCACCUCCGUUCCCUUCUCCUUCAUGUCCUCCGCCACCUUCUCAGCCACGGUUCCGUCUGCUUCCUCCUUCUUCGUGUCCUCCCCCACCUUGUCAGACUGUUCGAUUUAAUCAGCCAGCUCCAUUGCCAGUGAAAAAUUCCAAUGAAACUGAGGAAGAGAGGAGGUUGAGGAAGAAGAGGGAAUUAGAAAAAGUAAGACGUAAAUAGCGAUUAAGGGAAGCACAGAAUAGGAUUGUGGAGAAAACCAAAAAAUUAUUUUCUGGUAGGAAGGGUCAUGCGUCAAUUAGAUCCGACAGAAGCAUUGCCCCUUUGGUAAGGGGUGACAUGACAGACAACCGGUUGAAGAAGCAGCAGCUGAAGUAUAAAGACCAGGUUGUGCUUGCGAAUUUCGAUGGUGCUCCAACUGCUGGUUCAGAAACCUACAACAAGUUGGAUAAAACUGUUCGUGAUGCAUAUGAAUCACAGGUACGAGGUGAUGAUGCAGAUGAUCCUACUAUUGCGGCAUUUGGUGGAACAGUGGCCCAUUACACGCCUGUUCCAGCAAAGCUUGUUUUGCAAAAAAAGAUAGCUGGAGAGGAAAAAUCAAAUAAUGAAGUCGAACAUUUCCCAGAUGCUUCGAGAGUUACAGGGGUUAUACAACAGCUUUGAAGGGGAGGUGGUUGAAGUCAGAGGAGAACAAAAUCAGUCAUGAAAAUGUUGUUGACAAACAACCGAACAGUAUGCAUGAUUGAUUCCUUCACAGUUAUUUAUGCUGAUCAGAUAAUUUUCAGCAAGAAAAUAGAAAAAGAGAAAGGGUAGGUACAUGAGAGAAGUUGCAUAAAUAAACAAUGCAUUGUACCAUAUGAGCAUUUUGCUCUUUAGAAAGGCUGAACUUUCAAGUAAUUUGCAUAUGCGAAUGAUUGUUUGGACUGA